AUGUGUUGCUGGGAUUGCGAGAAGUGCAAGGAGCAUGACAUUAUCAUGAACAACACGUGUCAAACAUGUGCCACAGGUUAUGUACCAAGUCAUCAUUUCAGCAAAUGCUCAAAAUUGACAUUGAAAUAUAUAGACAUUAAUUCGCCCUUAGCAGUGACCUUGAUCACAAUUUCUCUGUUCGGCAUUGUCAUUGAUUUUGCCGUGUUUGUGGUAUUCUUUGUGAACCGCCACAAGCCGCUGAUAAAGGCGUCGAGUCUAGAAAUGUGCUAUAUGAUGUUUUUAGGGAUAUUUGUGAUUUUCCUCAUUCCUGUGACGUCUCUGGCAAAACCCACCGCAGGCCUAUGUUAUUUCGGAAGAUUUUUGAUGGGAAUUUCCUACACCAUUUGUUACGCACCACUGUGCAUGAAACUUUGGAGAAUUUACCGUAUUUUUAAAAGCUCGCAUGACAUACGGCGAAUGAGUGGUUUGCUUGGCCGACGUUCACAACUGUUAAUUACAUUUGGUCUUAUCGCAAUUCAAGCGUUGUUCUUCAUUCUGAUAUCAAGCACCAACCCUCCAGACUUGGUUGAGAAUUUCUACGCUCACACGGGUGAACUGCAUCUUGAAUGUUACCUCACGGCCCCGGUAUUCAUCGCCUACUUGACGUACAAUGUCGUACUCAUGUUGCUGUGUACGGUCUACGCAUUCAUCACACGACAAUGUCCCAAGAAUUUCAACGAAGCCAUGCAUAUCGGUGUGACGAUGUACCUCUCUUGCGUGGUGUGGGUCGUGUUUCUCGCGAGUUUUCUCAACGUCAACGACAGCAUCUCGCGUGUUUAUUGGAUAUGCGGAGCGAGCGUUGUGAUUGGCUGGAUUACAUUACUUGGACUUUUCACGCCAAAAGUUUAUCAAGUUUUCACGAAAAGAUACGUGGAUGAGAGCACUCUGAUAACGUGGAGAAAUUCCCUUCUAAGACGCUUGGCAAGUGCUAGCACCUCCGAGGAGCCGACGAGCCCGGGACUUGUGAAACAAAACCCAAUGACUAUACAGGGAGAGAAACUUCAAUUGACCGUCCCGAAAAGAAUGCUGAGUAGCAGUGACAACGAUAAGAGAAAUAGCAAACUAUAA